CGCGUGAAGCCACAACCUGUCACCAUUUCCUCUCGGUACUUCCAACGUCACACAGCACUUUCGAAAAAAGCUUCGGAUUGGAAACCUCUCUAAAAUCUCUCUUCCCUGCCGCACCUAAUUCUCAUCAAAGGCGUUUUCAAUUCGAUAUUGCGGUGAAUUCGUUGAUGGAACUGUUCAAGCCGGUCGUGAGGUUCACACUGGGGAGACAGUCGUCGCUGGCGCCGGACAGGCACCCGAAGGAGGAGGGGUCCGUCACCGAGAACGAAGACGGUGCGGAGGGGAUCGAUCCUGGGGUGAGGCUGAUGUACCUGGCUAAUGGCGGCGACCUGGAAGGGAUCCGGGAGCUUCUUGACUCCGGCGUCGACGUCAAUUUCAAGGAUAUCGACGAUCGGACAGCUCUCCACGUCUCGGCCUGCCAGGGCUUCACUGACCUCGUUGCGCUCUUGCUCGACCGUGGGGCAGCGGUAGACGUCAAAGAUCGCUGGGGGAGCACGCCUCUUGCAGAUGCUAUAUAUUACAAGAACCACGACGUGAUAAACCUUUUGGAGAACCGUGGUGCGAAGCGUCUGAUGGCCCCAAUGCACGUUAAACAUGCCGGUGAAGUCCCGGAAUACGAAAUUGAUCAUAAGGAACUUGAUUUCACCAAUAGCGUAGAAAUAACUAAGGGAACCUUCCGAAUAGCAUUGUGGCGUGGGAUAAAAGUUGCUGUGAAAAGGCUUGGGGAGGAAGUGAUUCCUGAUGAGGAUAAAGUGAGAGCCUUCAGGGAUGAGCUUGCAUUGCUUCAAAAGAUACGGCAUCCAAAUGUAGUCCAAUUUCUGGGUGCUGUGACUCAAACUAGUCCGAUGAUGAUUGUCACAGAAUAUCUGCCCAAGGGAGAUCUUUGCGCAUUCUUGAGAAGAAAAGGGUCUCUAAAGCCAACAACAGCUGUGAGAUUUGCCCUUGAUAUUGCAAGGGGAAUGAAUUAUUUGCAUGAGAAUAAGCCAGCCCCGAUAAUUCAUCGUGAUCUUGAGCCUUCAAAUAUAUUGCGGGAUGAUUCUGGGCUCCUAAAAGUUGCCGAUUUUGGAGUUAGCAAGUUGCUGACAGUUAAAGAAGAUAGGCCUUUUACCUGUCAAGAAACUUCGGGCCGGUAUGUGGCUCCAGAGGUCUUCAGAAAUGAAGAAUAUGAUACUAAAGUUGAUGUAUUCUCAUUUGCUUUAAUACUGCAAGAGAUGAUUGAAGGCUACCCACCAUUUUCUGCAAAGCAAGAUAAUGAAGUCCCUAAAUUAUAUGCUACAAAACAGCGUCCACCUUUUAGAGCUUCAACAAAGCACUAUGCACAUGGACUUAAAGAGUUGAUUGAGGAGUGCUGGAGUGAGUAUCCAGCUAAAAGACCUACAUUUCGGCAAAUAAUAACAAGGCUGGAGUCUAUUCAUAACAGUCUUGGUAAUAGAAGGGGUUGGAAGGUAACUAGACCAUUGAGAUGCUUUCAGAACCUGGAGGCCAUGUUGAAGAGAGAGAAUUCUGAAAGCAGCCACAGCCGUUCUUCUCGUUCUAAUGCCAGCAACCGAUGAAUAACAGACUGGUGCUCCCUUUAGCUUAGCUUUAGCUGUGCAGAAACUCUUUUCCAGUUUGGUGGCAAAACGAUUGGUUUUUUAUUCCGGAGCAUUUCAUUUUAUAGGUGAUGUUCACACCCAUUGGAUAGAUGGGCUGAAAAUCACGUGAGUAUUCAUCUAUUGCUUCAACGAUAAUAUAUAUAGCUGUUCAUUUACAUUAUGUAUGUAUCCAUAUUAGGGAUUUGUAUUUAUGAAUGUAGAUUGGUGAAUUAAUGAGACCAUGAGAUUAGCGUCAUAAACGUGGAUUAACCAUGACUCACAAUGUAUUAGUCGGGACAUGUAUCUAUAUAAUUACGCUAAUUAAUCAUGUAGAAUAUAUGCUUAGCCUUUCUCCUAAGAGGAAGCUGGCAAAUUAGUGACUAAA